UCGCUCCGCAGAAUCGCCGCUUGCUGACGUUUUUGGGCUGUCAUGUGAUUAGCAGGGUUCAAUGAGAGCUGUUUGCCCCACCCAUCUCUUCAACGCUGUCUAUCUCAAUGUACAAUUCACUGAGAAAAGGAAAUAAUCGCUAAAAAUACACCCUCGAAAAGGAUCCAUUCGCCACAAUUGGGGAUUCAACGCGCUCCGUCCGUAGGGAAUCCAUCGCUGUCGUUGUGCUGUCGGAUUUAUCUUCACGUAUCCAAAUGCACAUGAUCUAAGAAGGAUUCAAGAAGGAUACAAAGCGUAGCCUGACAGCGGACUCGGACUGCGAUAACCGGUAAAAUAUCGACGGAAUCGCUCGCAUUUGCAUCUGCGGUUGAAAGAACCGUGAGGAACGCCGCUCGCGUCAAAGCAAAGCCUACGGAUGUGAGGAGAAAUUCAAAUUACAGUAACGGAGAAGACGGCGAAGGGCCUCGUUUGAUUUGGACAAGCCGAGAAAAAGCGAUCAGUCACCGUAAGCAGAACAGGAGGGAAAAUAGCGUCAAUCUGAGGGGAAUUUUUCAGCAGCACCGCCGUAUUUUUCUCGCAGACAACGUCGUUUCGUAACGGAGUUAAAAGGUUCAUGUCGGCCACGGCGCAGGGCGGAAUGAUCCACAUGCCGUCAUUUUGGUGGAAAUAUUUAUUUUUUUAAUUUGUAGCCACCCUUUCUAUCUCGUUCUGCCCGUCUCGUUGCAUCGGCCAACGGAUUCGACAGCAAGAAACCGAAAAGAAUUGCGUUUUGUGGAGCUAUUGAUGAUUUUAAUAGGAGUCGCUCGUUAUUUCGGGAAACCGACCAUGGAUUCGCGACGGGAAAUUUGCUAAAUCGCAGUCGUGGGAAAGCCGAAAUCAUUCAUGUAACGUCGAAGGCUUCGCUGGAUGCACAUCCAUACACAGAAAUCUCUUAUUUUAUAGCAGCAAAGCGCUCGACAGGACUCGGCCGUCUGUAGGCCGGCCUAGUGUUUUCACCACCACCUAUUCUCGCCAGUACUAGUCACCCAUAGCUUUCAUAUUUCCCCGUGCUCCCCUCCUGCCCUUAUCAGCGAAAUCCGGGGAAGCGAUGUGCAUACAAGUAUAAAUGUCCCGGUUUUCCAUCAAAGUGUUCUGAUCGGAGGCCAAUCAAGGAAUUUGGAUCAUUUAUUCAUACGGUAGAUACACCUCCCCCAUCCCACCCCACCCCAAAACUUUUCUUGGGUUUUUGGGAAAAUGGGUUGUUUGGGCAACAGUAAGACUGAGGACCAGCGAAAUGAGGAGAAGGCCCAGCGAGAAGCUAACAAAAAGAUAGAGAAACAGCUCCAGAAAGACAAACAGAUCUACAGAGCAACUCAUCGGCUACUACUGUUAGGGGCUGGAGAAUCGGGGAAAAGCACCAUAGUCAAACAGAUGCGCAUUUUACAUGUCAAUGGCUUCAAUGCUGAAGAGAAAAAACAAAAAAUUCAAGACAUCAAGAAUAAUAUAAAAGAAGCUAUAGAGACUAUUGUGACGGCAAUGUCCGUGUUGGUACCUCCAGUCCAGUUAGCCUGUCCCGCAAAUAAGUUUCGAAUUGAUUACAUCCUCAAUUUAGCCAACCAGAAGGACUUUGAAUUCACACCGGAAUUUUAUGAACACACAAAGACCCUGUGGCAGGAUGAAGGGGUGAGAGCUUGCUUCGAAAGAUCCAACGAAUAUCAACUGAUCGACUGCGCACAGUAUUUCCUGGACAGGAUUGACACUGUGAAACAGAGCGACUAUACUCCCACUGAUCAGGACUUGCUCAGAUGCAGAGUUCUGACUUCCGGGAUCUUUGAGACAAGAUUCCAAGUGGACAAAGUUAAUUUUCAUAUGUUUGAUGUUGGCGGACAGCGAGACGAACGCAGGAAAUGGAUCCAGUGUUUUAAUGAUGUGACAGCCAUCAUUUUCGUGGUAGCCAGCAGCAGUUAUAACAUGGUGCUCAGAGAGGACAAUCAGACCAACAGACUCCAGGAGGCACUUAACCUGUUCAAGAACAUCUGGAAUAACAGGUGGCUUCGAACUAUUUCUGUCAUUCUGUUCCUAAACAAGCAGGACUUGCUGGCUGAGAAGGUUUUGGCGGGAAAAUCAAAAAUUGAGGAUUACUUCCCCGAGUUUGCACGCUACACUACACCAGAUGAUGCAACACCAGAGCAAGGGGAAGAUCCACGAGUUACGAGAGCAAAAUAUUUCAUCCGAGAUGAGUUCUUGAGGAUCAGUACAGCGAGUGGAGAUGGCCGGCACUACUGCUACCCCCACUUCACCUGCGCUGUGGACACUGAAAACAUCCGCCGAGUGUUUAACGACUGCAGAGACAUCAUCCAGCGCAUGCACCUACGACAGUACGAACUCUUGUGAUCGCAGCAGGGAUGACGGGACGCAAACUCACCACCUGAACUUUCUUUAGGCCCCCCUGCCCUACAUCACGCCCCAAUAUCAAACCACGAACCUUCAAACUGAUGAGUCCCCACCUCUUACACUUACACAAUACACACACAUACAUAUAUAUAUAUAUAUACACAUACACACAUACACACACACACACACGGCCUUUCUCCAUCCUGAGUGACUAGGGGCUGGGGCAAGGGGACGCACUGUGUUACUGAUGAAAGCGUGGCUGUGAUAUCUGGCAAGAAGACUUGUUAACACAGCCAAGGACUACCGAUGUUAAUAAAAAGAGAGAGAGGAAAACAAAACAUGUGAGAGGGAGAGGGAGGGGGGGAGAAAUGAGGGAAGAAAAAAAAAACUGUCCAGGACUGCUCGGGACAAGAAAGCCAUUUCGUACACAUACAGACACAUAAUGCGUCCAGCUAAACUCCUGACCCGCAGUCCUAUGUAUGUUACAUGUCAAACUUGUCUUUUUUCCGAUCAUAUGCCUAAACACACGUUACUUAUAUUGAUGCGCACGCACAAGACAUACACACGCUAUUCUUAUCCUCCACCGUUUUGGUCCUGUUGAACGUUUAGUGCCUGUACGAGCCUGGCGCAUUCCCCUCACCUUUUCCCCAUUUCCUCUUUCCCAAAACCACAUCCCACCCCCAAAGGUGGACAGACCCCACCGGAGGAGAGCAAAACGACGGACCGUACGUAAAAAAACAAAACAAAACAUAAAAACAGAAUGUAGAGCAAAAUGUCGUUUUUUUUUUUUUUUCUCCCCAACAAAAAUGGAGGGUUUGGAGCAUUUACUGCCCCAGGUUGCUUGCGUGUGGAGUAGAGAAUGACUUGAACACAAGACCCAUCACAUGACUCGAUUCUCGAGAUGCAUCGCAGGGGAGGCGAGUGCAUGCAAUGCUAGAUUCAUGCAGAACAGUGAACUAAAUGCAGUGCAAAAAUCCAAACUUAUAUAUAUAUAUAUAUAUAUAUAUAUAUAUAUAUAUAUAUAUAUAUAUAUAUAUAUAUAUAUAUAUAUAUAUAUAUAUAUGUAUAUGUGUGUGUGUGAGAUAUUCCUGUAAUAAUACAGUCUUUUUCUGUUUGUUAGUUUCCCCAGUUUGUGUGUUGGCGUGUGCAAAUAUGCACCAUGUUAAACCUCCUGUUUUCCCGGUUGCUCUCUCCUUCUGUUUUCCGAGUGUCAUUCCUCUCCCUCUCUCUCUCUCUCUCUCUCUCUCUCUCUCUCUGUCUCUGGUUCUUUCUCCUCCCCUUUAUCUUUCUCUCUGUCUGUCUCCUCCCUACUGCAAAAAAUCUUGUACACUGACACGUGGGGACUUCGUCAGACCGAGGGUAAGACCGAGUAAUGACGCGAGACAUGAGAAGGACGUCUAACGGAUGGCCUAGUCGCGCUCUCUCUCUCUCUCUCUCUCUCUCUCUCUCUCACCCCUUCCUCCCCUCCGACUUCCUCCCCUCCCCUUUAGCCUGGCUUUUGGUCUGUCUUUUGAUUUCUCUGCUGGAUCAUUAUUCUUGUACAGACUGUAAAAUGUAUUAUUUUGUACAACUUUAUUGAAGAAAAAAGUAACUUGUAGAAGCUCCCUGUGCCUUGAUCACGACUGUACGUGUAAAAUGAGCUAAGAUGUAAGUAAGAUAUGUUUCAUUGCGCUGUUUGGCUCUGCCCUGCCUCUGUCGAUUCCCUUGAACUCUGACCCCCCGACCCCCUCCCCGAUUGCCUGUUUGCUCAUCAGACUCUGGGUGGAAGUUGCCCCCCACCCCUCCUCGUGCCGAUCUUGAACCGGCCUCCCCGUACAACUUAAGACCGAAGAACGCGUGAUGCCGGUGUCAGAUCGGCGACAGAGCGCAACUUUUACUGACACUGCUUAUCAGUGGAGUUUGGGGGGAGCUGCUGUCUGUCACCCCUCCCCAAAUAUUUUUAUUCGUUUAACCUGCCUCUGGUUUGUUUCAGGAUCAAGAUGAAAUACCUGAUGCUGUGUAGUACAAAGCAAGAAACAUUAUAUACAGUAUAUAUAAAUAUAUAUAUUUAUAUGUGUAAAUAUAUUAUUUAUAUAUAUGUGUUUGCUUUUUACAGGUGUUAAUUGCCUUUUUUGGUCCGCAACAACAAUAGUCAACAUUUUUAGAGGCAGGGUGUGGGGCUUUUUUGUUUUCUUUUCUUUCUUUCUUUCUUUCUUUCUUUCUUUUUUUUUUUUUUUUUUAGCUUUAACUCUGUUGAAGGAGAAAAUAAUCCAAAUGCAAAAACAUUGCUUGUCUCUUCGUAAAAAACCAAAUUCCUUUGCUAAAAAAAGAGUGAAAAAGACAGCAAAUCUGUCAGUGUAUUAAGUGUACAAAUUGUUUUGAUAGCUGCACAGUCAGAUAUUGGGUUCAUAUCCCCCCUCCCAUGGUAUUCAUGUUUAUUUCUUUAUAUUAAAAAAAAAGAAAAAAAAAGAAAAAGGAAAAAAAAGAAAAGAAAAAAGCUGCUCUACAAACUGACAUACUAACAAAAAGAGGCCGCCCAUCACCGGACAAUGACCAAUCGUAACCCUCUCUGUACCACACUUCCUGUCCUGCUACCCAAUCACAUGAAAGCAGGGGCCAGCUUUUGGUGCUCUAAUGGUCCACUUUGUUCCACAAACAAAGUAUUUAUUUUUGUUUUAUUUAUUUGUCAUUUUAUAUAUAUUUUUUUUUUUUUUUUUUUUUUAAAUGCCAUAAUUUGAAACAAAAACUCUAACGUUUAACCGGUCUGAUCCGGUUAUGUUUUCUGCAAAAUGUGGUACAGGUGUUAUGUGAUAUAUAUAUAUAUAUAUAUAUAUAUAUAAAAAUUUGGUUAUGGGGUGGGGGGAGAUGUUAAGCUAUGACAUUUUAGUAUGUUUACUUUUUUAAAUUUUAUUUUCUAGUUCAGACUCGCUGCAGCAAUAAGUGAGUGAGAUUUGAGUACCAAACGCCCCCUUGCCUGACUGUCUCUAUAAGAAGUGUUUUCAGUGUAUAUGUUGCUUUUUUUCCAUGUCUCUCACACUUACUGUACAUUUUGUACAAAGAUUCAAAUUACAGCAGUAAAAGAAGAGUGUAACACUGUCUGAGUGACACACACAUGCACACACUCUUUUCACAAGGCUAACUCUGUUUUUUUUGGCCCAAAUCAAACUAUAAAGGAUAAUGUAGUUGCUCUUA